AUGGGGGUGGAGAUGCUGCCGCGCCUGGACGGCUUUGUUGACCCCGGCCCCGCCAACCUCGUGGCGCUGACCGAGGGCGUCCACAGCAAGGAGGCGCUGGAGCUGGUGCGGGAGCACCUGCUGGGCGUGAUGGGCCCCGCGGCGGGGCGGCAGUUCAGCAGCGAGUUAAUCAAGAUGAGCAAGUUCCAGAUCGCACAGGUAUACGCGGCGUCAGUGAUGUUUGGCUACUUCCUGCGCCGCGUGGACCGCCGCUUCCAGCUGGAGAAGGCGCUCGGCUCCAUCGACCAGGAGGGGGGCGCGCCCGCGGUCAGCGCCGGCACGGCGGCCGGGAUCAUGGAGCCGGCGCCCGGCAGCGACAAGGGCGGUCCCUCGCGCCCUGCGGGCGUCGACGACGCGGUGGCGCGGCUGGAGCGGCUAUUCCAGGAGGCCGGGGAUGUGGAGACGGCCAGCGACCCGGACAGCGUGGACGCCUCGGUGGUGGAGGUGGGCGCAUCCGGCGCGGAGGACGAGGGCGCGCCCGCCGACAACGCGGCCUCGCAUCGCGCUGCGGAGGGCGAGGCGAGCAGCAGCGGCCGCGGCGUUGGCGGAGCGGGCGAUGCGUCCCUGCAGCCGCCGCGCAAGAGUGCGCUGCGGCGCUACGUGGAGGGCUUUGACCAGGCCAUGAUGGUUGAGACCGCGCGCGUGGUAAGCGCCGAGGGCGCGGCGCUGGUGGAGCGCCAGACCUCGGCGCUGUUUGGCGACAUCAAGGAGCUGACGCGGCAGAUGCAGGAGGCAGUGGGCGGCGGCGUCGGCAGCGCGGAGGAGCUGUACGCACGCAUCCAGGCGGCGGUGGCCGGCAACAAGAUCGAGACGGUCACCAUGACCGUGGCGACACAGAGGCGGUGCGUCCUGGAGGCGGUUGCGUUUGGGUCUUUCCUGCGCGAUGUUGAGGGGCACGUGCAGGCUGACUACGGCCUGCUCACCCCUCUGCCCAAAAAUUUGCCCCCUGGUCAGUAG